AUGUCUGGUCCAGGCGCUGGUUUCGAAUAUCCUGCAGAGGAGGUUUCUUGGUUAACCAGAGAUGUUUUGCUCUUUGCCAACACCAUUGGAUGUACGAAUGAUGAGCUACACUUCUUAUACGAAUUACAUCCUAACUUUGCCGUCUUCCCAACUUAUCCUGUUAUUCUUCGUGAGUCCGUCCUUUUUCCCUCAUUGUUCUAUGAACCAGCUAACAUCUCCCAAGCAUUCAAAAAUACAACCCAAGAAGUAAUUGACUUUUAUGCCGCCUCCUCCGCAACUCCAAUUCCAGGUGUGCCUAAAUUCGACUACACGCGUGUCCUUGAUGGAGGUCGUUCAAUGACUUUCCUCAAACCACUCCCUCCUACCUCAGCUGGUAAAACAUUUGAACUCCGCUCUAAAGUGAUCGGUGUAUAUGACAAAGGAAAGGCUGGCACGGUUGUUGAGACGCAACAGGAGAUAGUGGAUAAAAAUAGCGGAGAGGUUUAUAGCAGAGCUGUUGGGUCCUCAUUCUUUGUUGGUCAGGGUAAUUGGAAUGGACCCAAGGGCCCGGCGACUCAAAAUUUCCCCCCUCCGGAAGGAAAGAAGCCAGACGCUGUGAUGGAACAUCAGACUACUAAGGAAAGUGCAUUAUUGUAUAGAUUGAACGGUGAUUACAAUCCCUUACAUGCAACACCUGAGCCAGGUCAGAAGAUGGGCUUCGGAGGACCUAUAAUGCAUGGUCUUUCAUCAUGGAAUUUUACUGCUCAUGCAAUUCUUAAAGCUAUUGGUGGUAGUGACCCCAAGAACAUCAAAGAAUUCUCAUGUCGAUUUGCAUCACCAGUCAAACCUGGUGAUAAAUUAAUCAUCGAGAUCUGGAAAACAGGAGAAAUCAAAGAAGGAUGGGAGGAAAUUCGAUUCAUCACCAGAGUGGAAGGUGGAAAGAUUUGCUUGAGUAAUGGAAGAGCUUUAAUGAAACCUGUAGGCGGCAAUUCAAGCAAGUUGUAG